AUGAGAUCAAGAGCUUGCUUUGCAUCUGCCAAUUAUAAACGAAAAUGGAGGCAAAUGGGUGGUGGUUUGAUUAUGAAGAAGAAGGUAAGGUUUGCCAAGAUUUCCAUGGAAAAUAAAGAUGUUCAUAUUUUGAGGAAGAUUAUUCCACAGUGUGAAGAGGUUGAGGAUGUUGAAACCUUGCUCCUAAAGUCCAUUGAAUAUGUUAUCAAGCUAAAAUUGCAAGUUAGUUAUCUUAGAGGCCUCUAUCAGUUCUAUGGUGUCCUUUAA